CUUACUUAGUAACACUUUAUAACCUUAUCCCCCAACAUAGGAAUUAUAGAUACUAGAAAGGCUCUACUUAUUAGCUACAGAAAGAUGGUCAAAUCAGCCUCCAUUGAUAAAAAUGGACUCAGGAAAGGUUCAUGGAGUAUAGAAGAAGAUGAAAAGUUGAGAGUUUAUAUUCAGAAAUAUGGCCACUGGAAUUGGCGCCAACUUCCCAAGUUUGCUGGUUUAUCACGGUGUGGCAAGAGUUGCAGAUUACGAUGGAUGAACUAUCUCCGGCCGGAUGUAAAGCGAGGAAAUUUCUCCGAAGAAGAGGAUAAUUUGAUCAUUCAAAUGCAUGAAGCACUUGGAAAUAAAUGGUCUAUUAUUUCUGGGAAAUUACCUGGAAGAACAGACAACGAAAUUAAAAAUCACUGGCAUACCAACUUGAGCAAGAGAGUGAAGCAAAACCAACCAGUGUCUUCUGAGGUGAUGAAUAAAGAGCAGUCAAGUAAAUCUUCACAAUCUGAAGUUAUUCAGACUAAAAAGUCUGAAACUGACAGUGUUUCUGUCAAUACUCCCUCUGAAUCUGAUCAUCAACAAAAAAAUGCAGUGAACUUUCCUUCAUCUCAAGAAAUAUCUUGCAGUGAGUUCUCCUCCAUGAGUAAUGAUUCUGUGUCAGGCAUGAAUAGCGUUGCCGAGGAUAGUUUCUCUUCAAUGGAGAUAUUUCAAGACUCAGGUUCAGAUUUCUGGAACCUGCCAUUUUUAGCAGACAACAAUUACAACCAAGAUGGUUAUGAAUCAUUGUUCUUGACAGAAGAAGGAUACAUGUCUUUCUAUGCUUCCAACUACGACGAUGACGGUACAUAUUGGAUCCAGCAAGUGCUGCAGGAACUGGAAGGCAGUAAUUAAUUAGUUCAGAUUAUAAAACUCUUUCUUUCAAGUCUAGAAUCUAGAGUUGUUUGAACUUCAUCAGGUUAUCAGAUUUGUAAUAGAACAGUACUAGUCAUCAUAUGGGAGUAGAAUUUAAUCUC